AUUUUCCACUGUUUGUGAGUGCAUGCGUGUUAAACAAUUAUACAGCAAGCUUGUCAGUUAAGGCAUUUCUGCGCAAUUCCACGCAAUGAGGAUGUUCGUGAACAACAUAGCGCCGCAGACCCUCCGUCUAUCCUAUCUUUUUAAAUAUAGUAUAAAACCACUGAAACAUUAUUAGUCUGUUUUAGAUCUUACAUUAAUAUACAUUCAUUUUUCAUAAAAUAAAACAUUUGAUUUUAGGCAGCUAAAGUCAAAACCAAAGGGAUUCCGGUAUGUCGAUGAAGCCGUUGCAUGGCAACACGACAACACAGCUGCUUUCUGUUGUCUGUUCCUGACUUGACAGAUAUGUGGCGUGUUUUAAUAACGCAUCAUGACUCAAAAGGUGUCUCCUUAUCUAGCAGACAUGUGGCCAUGAUCAUAAAGCGGCAACAAUGGAUUAAUAAAGAAGGUCUGUAAAUUUAAAACAUGGAGAAUUAUGACAAAGUGCUCACUCUUGGCAGAGGAGGAGCAGGUGUCGUGUUGUUGAUGAAACAUGUGGAUACAAAUAACUUAUAUGCUGUCAAGAAAAUUAACGUGGACAGCUCUCGAAAAACAAAGAGCAAAGAUGUCGUGCUGCAGGAGGCGGAAAUUCUGAGGAGCAUGAAGCACCCUCAUAUUAUAUCAUGGAUUGACACCUUCUUUGACUCAACGAAUGACCAUAUUUACAUUGUUAUGGAUUAUUGUGACGGUGGAACACUUGAUGACCACAUCAAAGAGAAAAAGAACGGGGGAUACUUUGCAGAAUGCAAGAUCAUGCGCUGGUUUGUGCAAGUCGUCAUGGCUGUUUGUUACAUUCACAAUGCAAAAAUCCUUCACAGAGAUCUCAAGCCUUCCAAUGUGCUGUUGACCAAGAGAGGUGUGAUCAAGCUUGGAGAUUUUGGAAUAUCAAAGAUUAUGAACCACACGCUUGACAUGGCCUCUACCUGUGUGGGAACCCCCUCUUAUCUGAGUCCUGAACUCUGUCAAGAUGUUCCAUACAGCAUCAAAUCUGACAUAUGGGCGCUUGGCUGUCUGCUGUAUGAACUCUGCGCCCUUAAACCCGCUUUUGAAGCUAAAAAUCUCCUCAGUCUGUUUUACAGGAUCAUGAAAGGGGAGUACACCAAGGUCCCAGAGAGGUAUUCAGAUGACAUGCAUGCUUUAAUUGAUAAAAUGCUGUCCUUGGUUCCAGAGAACAGACCAAGUGCAAGCAGGAUUCUUAGCCUGGCUUAUGCGCAAGAACAUCUGGGAAACUUCAUCGCGCAUCAUAAGGAACUUACAAAGGUUAAUGCUGAAUCCAGACAUCAAACAAAAGAAGGAUGUAAUAACGCAAAGUCAUCCAUGGAAAGCGGAACAGACGGUUUCUUUGCUGUCUCUGACAUGACACAGGGAACAGAGAAUGAAGAUAAAGCAUCACACAGUGCUGAUGAUGAAGUCGUCCAUGAAGAAACAGAGUCUGAUUAUUCAGAGGACUUUGAUGAAGAUGAUAGCUUUUCAUCCUCUGAGAGUGUUUCGAGGGACAAUGUGUCCAACCUAGCAAAUGUACUUGAAGAGGCGAUUGAGGUGUCUAGUGUUUUGUCAAAUGAUGAGGACAAUUCUGACUAUCCGGAUGACUUUGAAGAAGCAGAGGAGGAUGACGUGGCUGAAGUUGUGAACUCUGCCAUCGAAAUCAUGAAUUAUGUCUCAGAAAAUGACUGUUUAGAUGUGGAACUGCCGGAGCUCAAAGAUGCUGAAGGCUUCUCAGUCACAAUGAAAAUGUUGAGAGAGAAAUACAUGGAAGAUGUUGGAGUCUCAGUUUAUGAGGAAAUGAGUGAACACUUUAUGAAUGGCCUUACACCUGAGGAUCUACAGCCACGGUUUCAGCACAGGAUCGGGACGGACCAUCUGGAGACCUGCUAUCUUAUAUUCAAUUUUGACCAAGAAACUACAUGCUGAGUCACACCUCAGAUAAUGCUAGAAUUGUAAUGUAUUGAUUAUUAAAAACAAAAAACAAAUAGUAAUAUAUUUAAACACACAGAAUGUACCUGGGAUUAUAAAACAAUAGAUUGCUGUUAUAGAUGUAUCCCAACUCUAUAAAAUAACUAAAGUAAGGAUUUUAAUGUAUGCGUAUGUGUAGGCACUUUGUCUAAAUGUUUUUUGUAUUACCAGUAGGUGUCACUCUACAGUCAGAGAAUGAGACUGUUCAGAAAAUGACCCAAUUCCUAUAUUCUAUCAGCAUCACAUCACCAUAAGGACUGAUGUAAGAACUUCUGCUUCUUUAAAUCACAAAAUAUUAAAUACAGUUAUUAUAUCAACUCUACCCAUUCAGCUGCAUUUGAAAAGAUACUAACCCGGUCCGUUUCAUUAUUUUCCAUUCAUUCUCUCAACAUAUCCAUUAAACAAUGCUUGUAAGUGUGGGAACAGUUGAAAAAUUAUCGUCAUGGGCUGAAUUUCCUACUGUGGUGUUAGUCUUGCAUUCAAAUGUAAAACAGAAACCCGAAGUCUUAUGAGACACAGCUGCAGUUCUAUUCCACAGGUUUUGCCUCUGUCCAGAUUAUUCCAAUAGGAAAUUGGCCAUCUUGAUUUAGAAACCGCCAUGCAUAUCUGCAAACAUGAUCCUUAUAUUAUAUUUCCAUUAUGAUGUUCAUAGUCUGCCAGACAAAAGUGUUUAGUAUUCAUCAUGCAUCAUUUGUACUGAAGCAUCACUUAUCCAGUAAAUUGUCAAUGGAAACAAAGGAAACUGUAGCUAGGGGCAACAGCUCUGCCCCAUUACAGAAAAUAGUAACAAUACUCGCUACUCACAGGGCAGAUCUUUCCACAGAAAACAGUUGGCAAAAUCAAUCUGGUUAUAGUAUCCACGUUCUGUUGAAAUAUCAAUGUAAAUUUGAAACAAAUACUCACAGAAAAUUGGGUCAGUCUUAAAUGUGCCACAUUUUCCCUUUUUAUCAAACUUCUAUGGUGUAAUUAUGGAAAAUAAAUUUCUUUAUAAAUCCAACUCCAGAAACCCAACUGGUCUAAGGUAUAAAAUUUGAUGUUUUUAUACUGCAGAUAGAGUGGAAUAAACAGAUGUAAAAUUCCUAAAGCUACAAACCUAAAAAUCUGUACUUCACUUGAACUCAAGACAUAAAGGUUGUCACUAAACAUUAUACAUUUAAAUUCAAUCCCUUCAUCCAGGUAAUGUUCUGGUAGAAGAGAGUAAAACCUUUUUUGAGGAUUCAUCAUUCAGGAUAGAGCUUUAACAAAUUUCCAUAAGCCUGAUGGAUCGUCUCGUGUGUUUCUUUAUUUAUCUGGCUCUGCAUGUGGAUGAAUGUAUGAGAGAUCAGGGUAGUCACAGGCAGGUCUGAGGCCUCUAUAGCUUGUUCAAUAAAGCCUGUCAAUAUUUCAUCCAUACAAAAGCUAGUGACUGGAAAUACUCGUCGCAUGUUUGGGACUUUGUGCUGAAGUUUGAUGCAUUAUUGAUCGAUCUGUGCAUGAGUGCACCAGCCUUCAGCUCUUAUGUGCCUUUCUUUUUACUUUUAUUGUUUGAAAAUCAUUUUGAAAUGAGGUUAGAAUCUGAUAAAGAUUCUGUA